AUGCGUACCUUCGUCUUGGACACCCUCGGGGCGUCCACCACAUGGUCUCUCGCGGCGCUCCUGGUCACGGCCAUUAUUAUUAGCUACUGGCGAGCCGUCAUCGCCGUUCGUUCUAGAUCUUCCGCUGCCGCCGGUGGGCCGCAACAGGGUGUCACCCUUCGCCGCCAGGCCAUCAACACCGCGGAGAUCCCAAAGCUGAAGGAGGCCACCGCCCCUGUCGCCGCCUCCUCCUCUGAUCCGUCCCUCCCAGAAUUCGACGGGGACAAAUAUAACGGUGCAAACCGAAACCUGUGGCCCGGUUUCCGUGCCCAGGUGGAAGACUUUGUCACUGCCAACGCCCUUGCCCUUUCGGAGUUAUCCGCCUUCAUCCUCCUCCGCGCCGCCAUCUCGGGCCCCGUGCUCGAGUACGCAUGCGCCUGGAUUCGCCCAACUUCGGACAAGAAGUUUCCAAGCUCCGCCGCCGCCCUCGCCGCCAUCAAGGAAAACCUUGACGAUCUCGAAAGAAUCUGGGGUCUCUCUGUCGCCGCGUUGGCACACGACUCUUACCUCGCGUUAGAAGACUGUUACCAGGGUUCUCGUUCGUUCCCAGAGUUCAUCUCCGAGUUCCAGCUUCUUGCUGCCCACGCCGGCGUCUCGCCCUCCGCCCGUCUCAACCUCCUCCGCCUGAGAACCCAUCAACCGUUGGUCGCGGCGGUCACGACUUCUUUCGCCGGCGCCCCCGACCCCACUUACGACCAGUUCCGCGCCCGGGCCCUUGCCCUCGACCCCUUGUUUCGUCCUUUGCCGCGUCCCGUGUAG